AGCGGUCAUGUCGGGAAACAGCUGUUCGUCUCCACGCUGUGCUGUUCUGUUCUAUUAUAAUAAAUGGCUUUUAACUUAACUUCCAGACUGUUAACUCACCGACUGAAGUCCUGUCGGAUCGCCUUCAGCACCGUAAGCAGCAGCGGAAGAUUAUCAGUGGAACAUGACCGACACAACCGGCGCUUCACCGUCACUCCAGGCAACGGCGCCGGGGUCCAUGAGUGUGCUGUGCUGCACUACAGCUUUAUCGGGAAUAAAGAGGUCGACCUGAUGUCCACCUUCGUACCUGAGACGUUCAGGGGUCAAGGUGUGGCGGCGCUGCUGUCACAGGCUGCUAUGGACUUUGUGGCUGAAGAAAACUUGAAGGUGCGCAUCUCCUGUUGGUACAUAAAGAAAUACAUAGAAGAAAACCCACAGCAGCAGUAUAAAGACCUUGUCAUCACUUGAUUGGUUUUCCACUACAGGCUGGACCACUACCUCUCUUACAAGCCAAAUGUAGGACUUGAAAUAGGAUUUUAGUGAUUCUGUGCAACAACAUUGUUUAAUUAAGGAAUUGCAAACAUAAUGUGAAAUGCAUUUCAGUAAAAUAACUCAAAAUCAAAUUAAUUUUGCACUUAAACUGUCAAAUGAUGGAUAUUUUUUAUAUCAAUUUUAAUAUUGUGUAAAUUUUGAUGUCAAUAAUGCCACUUGUUUUUGUAAAUGUAAUUAAAGUUAAUUUAUUAAA